AUGGGGACGCAGAUAUCGCAGAAGGACGACAAUGAAACGCUUAAGAUGGCGGUGGCGGUGGCUAUUUUGAAAUCGAAGCUUCUUCUGAAAGAAAAUCUUCAAUCCCGGAGUAGUGUUGAUCAUAACCCUGGGGUUUCGACUUCCAAUUCUCAAUCGGAGGAGACAUCACUCAAAUGGAAACGCAAGGCAAAGGAGCGGAAACAACAGAUUUUGAGACUGAAAGAGGAACUCAAAAUUGCCGAAGAUGGCCUGCAAUAUGACUUGUUUCCUCAAAAUGCGUCUUGCAAAUGCUAUUUCUUUGAUGAUAUGGGCGUAUUGGGUGGAAAUCAACUGGACGACAGCUCUAAUUUGAGAUUCAACGAUCUUUUGCGCCGGAGAUUUUUCAGACAAGUGCGAAUAAAGGACAGAAGAAGGAAAAGAGAUGAUGCUGUAACACAAGAACGUGUGCUUGGAAGUAGCAGCGAUAAUGAAAUUGAGCAACUAAGUGCUUCAGUGGAUUUUCUAGUGGAGCUAUUUGAUACAGUUUCUCCUGCCAAAAUGGAGGAAAAAGCUUUCAAAAAUUGGUCGCACCAAGCUGUGGACUUCAUUCUCUCGACAUUGAAGACCAUACUUCCUUUGAAAAUUAAUCUACAAACAGUUGAGGGCAUUGUCAAUAGUUUAAUCAUGCGAUUACUGAGAAGAAUGUGUAAUCCUGCACAAGGAGACGAUUGUUGCAACCAAGAGGUUCAAAACUGUGACACUGAUAUCCACUUCUGUGUCCAACACUUGAUACGAAAGCUUGGGAACGAUCCUUAUUUGGGUCAGCGUGCCAUCCUUUCAGUAUCUCAAGGAAUUUCUACAGCAGCUGAAAGUUUGAUUUUUAUGGAUCCAUUUGAUGAUGCUUUUCGGAAUAUGCACACUUGUUUGUACAUGAUGAUUCAGCUUAUUGAGUUUCUGGUAUCAGAUAACUUGAUGACUUGGUCAACCAGAGAAGACUUUGAAAUGGGACUUUUUGAAGAAUGGCUGUCAUCAAUUCUCCGUGCUCGAAAAGCAUUAGAAGCUUUAGAAAACCGGAGUACACUUUAUGUCCUGUACAUGGAUCGCGUGAUUGGGGAUGUGGCCAAGAAAGCUGGCCAGUCCUCAUUCUACCAGAGGCUCAACCCAAACAUUCUGAGUGUUCUGUUCAGCUGA